ACAAGAAACAGUUAUAUCCACCACCUAUUUAAAUAACCAAACACUGCUAAAUGAUAAUGAAGGCAAUGCAAAGGAUAUAGAUGACUUGAUAGAUGAACUUGAGUUCGAGGAAAAGAGUUGA